UUUUCUCAUUUUUCCUUUGAGAUCUCACUGUCUCCAACUUCACAUCCACAACGCUCAAAGCCCGAAGCUGAAAGCAAAAUACUAACCAGAAAAAAAAAAAAAACCCAACUACCACCACGAUUACCACCAACCGUUUUUUUUUUCAGAGGAGUGAGAACGACGCUGCAUCCGAAACCUUUUCUUUACUCUUCAACCAAGCUGCUGCUCAUUCAUCCCUUUCUCUCUUUUUUUGGUUUCAUUAUUAAACACACCAAAAAAAGAAUUUCAAAUUAUUGGUUUUAAGGUGAUCGUAUUUAUGAUCACGUCGUAGCUCUCUAUUCCACGCCAUUGUUCUUCUGUUUAACUCGUUUUGAGGAGGUUAUUGUUUGGUCUAGAGAAGAAAUGGUGGUUUCUGGGCCAAUUACGCCUGGACAGGUGUCUUUUCUUUUAGGAAUUCUUCCUGUUUUCAUUGCAUGGAUAUAUUCAGAGUUUCUAGAAUACAAAAGAUCUGCAUCUCAUUCUAAAGUCCAUGCAGACAAUAAUCUGGUUGAAUCAGGAGAUGAGAAAAUUAAAGAAGAUGACCGGGCUCUUUUGCUUGAAGGAGGUCUCACUAGAUCAACAUCUGCUAAAGUCCAUAGUUUAACCAUCAAAACAAACUUGAUUAGGUUUUUGACUAUGGAAGACUCUUUUCUGUUGGAAAAUCGAGCAAUUUUGAGAGCAAUGGCUGAAUUUGGUGCUAUCCUAGUGUACUUUUAUAUAUGUGACCGCACAAAUUUACUAGGAGAAUCUACCAAGAAAUACAACCGUGACCUUUUCCUCUUCCUCUACGCUAUUCUCAUCAUAGUUUCAGCAAUGACUUCCUUGACGAAACAUAAUGAUAAAUCGGCAUUCUCUGGAAAGACCAUGCAAUACCUCAGUAGGCAUCAGACUGAAGAGUGGAAAGGAUGGAUGCAGGUCCUAUUUCUAAUGUACCAUUAUUUUGCUGCAACGGAGAUAUAUAAUGCAAUACGUGUCUUUAUUGCCGCGUAUGUUUGGAUGACUGGAUUUGGAAACUUCUCGUACUAUUAUAUUAGAAAGGAUUUUAGUUUAGCACGUUUUACCCAGAUGAUGUGGCGACUAAACUUUUUCGUGGCAUUUUGCUGCAUUGUUCUCAACAAUGAUUAUAUGCUUUACUACAUCUGCCCGAUGCACACGCUUUUCACCCUGAUGGUGUAUGGAGCUCUUGGGAUUUUCAACAAGUAUAAUGAAAAGCCAUCGGUGAUGGCUGUGAAAUUUCUUGCAUGCUUUCUCGUAGUUAUAUUUAUUUGGGAAAUUCCUGGAGUUUUUGAAAUAUUCUGGAGUCCAUUGGCUUUCCUUUUAGGGUACACGGAUCCUGCAAAACCUGAUCUGCCUCGGUUGCAUGAAUGGCAAUUUAGAUCCGGUCUUGACCGCUAUAUAUGGAUAAUCGGAAUGAUAUAUGCUUAUUAUCAUCCCAAUGUCGAGAAAUGGAUGGAAAAGUUGGAGGAAUGUGAACCCAAGAGAAAAUUCUCAAUCAAAGCAAGCGUUAUUUCGGUUUCUCUAUUCGUCGGGUAUCUGUGGUAUGAAUAUAUCUAUAAGCUGGACAAAGUUACGUACAACAAAUUCCAUCCCUACACAUCUUGGAUUCCCAUCACUGUCUACAUUUGCUUGCGGAAUUCCACCCAGCAGCUUAGGAAUUACUCUUUGACUCUGUUCGCGUGGCUUGGCAAGAUAACUCUGGAGACUUAUAUUUCUCAAUUUCAUAUCUGGUUAAGAUCAGACAUACCUAAUGGACAACCAAAAUGGCUACUUUCAUUUAUCCCGGAAUAUCCACUACUCAACUUCAUGCUUACAACUGCCAUUUAUGUCUUGGUAUCUCAUCGGCUUUUCGAAUUAACAAAUACGCUCAAGUCCGCUUUCAUUCCCACAAAAGAAAACCGACGACUACUAUAUAAUGUUGUAGCCGGAGUAGCCAUUUCCCUCUGUUUGUACUGCACCUCACUUAUUCUUCUUCAGAUUCCUCGUUCAACGGCCUGAGAAAACACGAUUCAUGAAUUAGAACGAGCUUUAACACGGGACAUACGAAAAAGAAAACGUAUACUUGGAGCAAAAAUAAAGAAAAAGGAACUUGGAAUGUAUCUAUAGAAUCUCCCUUUUGAACUAGAUGUUUCCGACGAUUGCGAGUAAAAUAUGUCGUUUUUUUUCAUCUGUCGAGCCAAAACUAGAAGUCUUGGCUCCGGCUUGGGUCACCGAUGAUCGGAACAGGCGUACAGGGAGUAAAUCUUUCUUUUUCUUUUUUACAUUUCUGCUGUAACAUUGCAAAAUUUUGCAUAUAUUGUGUUUUCUUUUUGUAUUUUUUUCGAGCCAUUCAUUGAAGAAAAUGUAGAUUCUAUGUGACAUCAUUUGAAAUCCAAUACUAAA